UUCCUCCAGAGGGUAUAAGAGAACUGAAAGAAGGCGGAUAUCAGCAUUCUCUGUGAAAGUGCGUGUGAGAUUGUUACAAUGUCUGGAAGAGGAAAGACCGGUGGGAAAGCUCGGUCCAAGGCCAGGUCUCGCUCCUCCCGGGCCGGACUGCAGUUCCCGGUGGGCCGCGUUCACAGGCUGCUGAGGAAGGGUAACUACGCUGAGCGUGUGGGUGCCGGAGCCCCAGUCUAUCUGGCCGCCGUGCUGGAGUACCUGACGGCUGAAAUCCUCGAGCUGGCCGGCAACGCGGCCCGGGACAACAAGAAGACCCGCAUCAUCCCCAGGCACCUGCAGCUGGCCGUCCGCAAUGACGAGGAGCUCAACAAGCUGCUGGGAGGGGUGACCAUCGCUCAGGGCGGGGUGCUGCCUAAUAUCCAGGCCGUGCUGCUGCCCAAGAAAACCGGCGCCUCUGCAGCCGCCAAGACCAAGUGAAGCGACCAUUCU